AUUUUUCAGGGAGCUGUUAAAAUUCUGUUCAUACACUGCAAAGUUUGAUCAUGCAGUAUGUUAAGCAUGAGCCUUUAAAGUUUGAUGAUAAUCGGUGCAAAUGAAUAAAAGAAAGAUAAACAUUACUGACCUGUACUGUCAUCAGGUACUAGUUGUUUUCUGUUUGACAUUUGACGAAGCUGAACUUUGCUUAAUAUUUAUGCAUGCUUACCAAAUACUAGUCAUGGAAAAUCAACCAAAGGAAUCAUGACAUUUUAGAUGAUGCCUGGAAACAUUCCUCCUCUAUAUUUUGUCGACACGAGUGUUAGUAGAGCAGCAGCAUCUCGUGCUGCACAUGCAUGCAUACCCAGACAUAAACAUGUUCACAGGUCCUGUUAAGAGCUGCAUCAGAUGUUUGAGUUGCAUGCACAUUGGGUCUGUUUGUAAGUCGAAGCUAAAAGUCAAAAGUGUGUGACUGUGAUGGCCCAUUCAUUUGUCAUUCCUGCUGCGUGCAAGGAAACGGUAAUAUAAGAUGCCAAGAGUAGAGGAUGAUCCACUUGAUCGCUGUUAAUCAUGUCCCUCAGGGAUCAAGGUUCAAGAGGAAGUGGUAUAAGUUACUGUCCAGUUCCGGCCCGCCGUCCGCCUGUCUGCUGCCUCUAUUUAGGAACAUGUAUGGAUUUAGGAGCAUGCCACAUUGCUCCACAUGUAAAGCCACCCUGGGACUUUUAUAGAGACUGAAAUAAGAAGUGUGUGUUGUUUUAGCACCAAAGGCCACAGGUUCUUGUCAAAGUAAAUCACAAUCUGGCAUGCUGUGCGUCAGAGGGAAUAAGAAAAAGAAAACUUUUUUUUUUUUGUUUCAAAUUGAAAUUUGCUGUGAGGUGCUGCACAGUGGACGUUCAGAUCCUGCUGGAAGGAGAACGUUACUCUGAUCACAUGUGGCUUCAAAUCCCCUAAAGCCCUGAUUGUGUGUCUGUCUGAUUUCUUUUUUGUUUUUGUGAGAGUGUGUGCUUUUGUGUGUGUGUGUGCCUUACCAGGCCAAAUUAUGAUAACAUAGUCCCAGCUGAAUGGGUGGACUCUACACUGGAGGGGAAUGCAAUGUGUCAUACAUGCAAGCAAACCAUGGAGUCCUUAAAUUGUCUCGUACUGGCCAAAGGGGGAGCUGGGAGCCACGCCUUCACAGAGAAGAGCUUCAAGAGGAAACGAGUGUGUGAUGUGUGCAACCAGAACAUCGAUAACCCGGGGGCGCUCUGCAAAGAAUGCAAGGUUGCAGUCCACAAGACAUGUGAAGCCAAGGCAACUCUCACCUGUACCUCAACCCCAGACCUGCACGGCUCCACCAAAUCCACACCACAGAAGAAGAGAGGCUCCCUUCCAAGGAGUAAAAGUGUGGAAAAGGUGAUGGAGCAUGUGAUGGAGCGUCACUAUGACUUUGACCUCACCUACAUCACAGAGAGGAUCAUCUCCGUCUUUUUCCUGCCGGACCUGGAGGAGCAGCGGUAUCGAACAAACCUUCAGGAAGUGGCCUCAAUGUUGAAGUCCAAACACCAAGACAAGUUCUUACUACUGAAUCUAUCAGAGAAGAGACACGACAUCACCAGACUCAACCCAAAGGUGCAGGACUUUGGCUGGCCAGAUGUUCACGCUCCACCCCUGGAGCAGAUCUGUGCUAUUUGUAAAGCCAUGGAGACCUGGCUGACCUCUGACCCUCUCAAUGUGGUGGUUCUCCACUGUAAGGGUCACAAAGGGAAGACGGGGGUCAUCGUGGCUGCCUACAUGCACUACAGCAAGAUAUCAGCUGGAGCGGAGCAGGCUCUCACCACUUUAGCGAUGAGAAAGUUCUGUGAAGACAAAGUGUCCUCUUCCCUACAGCCCUCUCAGAACAGGUACAUUUACUACUUUGGAGGUUUACUGUCGGGUACCAUUAAAAUGAACAGCAGCCCCCUGUUCCUCCAUCAGAUCCUCAUCCCAUCAAUGCCCAACUUCCAGACAGGAGGAGGAUUUUACCCCUUCCUAAAAAUAUACCAGUCUUUACAGCUGGUGUACACCUCAGGCGUCUAUGAUCCCCAAAGCUCGAGGGCCCGGAAACUGUGUGUGACUAUGGAGCCAGCACUUUUAUUAAAGGGGGACAUUAUGGUGAAGUGUUAUCAUCGGCGGAGUCGCUCAGCAGAAAGGGAGGUUGUGUUUAGAGUCCAAUAUCACACCUGCACUGUUCAUGGAGCUCAGCUGUGGUUUGGCAAGACUGAACUGGACAUGGCAUGCACAGAUGACAGGUUCCCUCCUGAUGCUACAGUUGAGUUUAUCUUCUCCAAUGGGCCAGAAAAAAUGAAAGGUCGAGAAUACCGCAAAAACGAUGCGUCUAUUAAAGUGGACUACAACACAUCGGACCCUGUGGUCAGGUGGGAUUCUUAUGAGAACUUCAACCUUCAUCAUCAAGACAGCAUGGAAAAUAUCUGUCAUACAAGAGGCCCUCUGGACGGCAGCCUGUACGCCCAGGUGAGGAAGCGUCGAGGGCCGGGUUCGACUGCCUCCGCGGCAUCAACAAAUGGAUGCCUCACAAGCAGCCCAACAGUCAAGCCCCACCCUCCGAGCCCGCCGCAGGCUCUCAUCUACAUCCCCGACUCCAAACGCUCCUCGGUCCCCUGUGGUCACUUGAAAGACGCCACAAACCACCCAGAAAGAGACCCUACAUCUCCAUCUGGGAAAGGAGAAUGGGAAGAUGGAGCAAAGGAAAUAACAAGAGGGAAAGAGAGGGAUAGAGAGACCGCUAUUUUAGACGAUGGAGACCCGUCAAGUCCUGGGGGCGUGAGGAGAGAGCGCUUCUGCUGCGGUCGAGCGGGUACAAAGUGUGGCGAAGUUGGAUGGGAGAGAGAACGAGAACCCUGCAUCUCUAACAGUCGUUGCCUCGGCCGGUGCAACAGCACUAAAAACAACCCAAAAAGCCAAACACUGCCGGCCUUACCGUCCAAAUCCAUGUCCCCGCCUCCUCAUGCAACUCAUAUGGAACUCUGCCAUCGACAUAGUUCUCAUCCUUUACCAGAGUUACCAUGGGAGCGUCCACCCCCACCCCCACCCCCACCCCCGCCUUGUUUCCACAGGCCUUGCUACCCGUACUCCACCCCCGAACACGCCCACCAGCACAGCCACACCCUCCCAGCCGCAAACAGACUCUGUACUGGGGAAGAGUGCCAUCUCUUCCAUUACCCCGGCCACACUCCGGCCUCUCACCUCUCCCAUCAAUCACUGCCCUCCAGCCCCUACAGGGAAAUCUUCUUUGGCUCUCCGGCGCCAUCCUCUGGUUGUUCCUGUCGUGACUGCUCCAGCAGGAGAGAGCACCAGUCCGCCUCAGUGAGGACAAUCGGUCCGCUGAACCCGGACCAGUUGGAAAACCCUCACUGGUCCAAAGGAGCGGGGCGAGCCAGAGAGCCGCCUCCGCUGUGGGAAAGAGAGAACCCUUGGGAGGUGGCAAGGGAGGCAGAAAUCUGGCAGUGUAAAUCAGCCAUGCCGGCAUUUCACGUCUACCAGCCCCCUUUGGGUCAAGGUCAGAACCCAGAGUACCCUAGAUAUGCCAUGGCACUCCACCAGGGCUACCCAAGCCCCCAGUCUUUAAUGGAUGUGCGGGAUGGAGCCAGUAGUGGGUACCACACCCCUCCACAGCCUCGCCAUUCUUGCCCCUGCUCUUCUAAUCAGUCCUCUCCGGCAGAGAGCCACGAGAGCCGGGGCUACGCCUCAGGGUAUCACUCUGGAUCAGCCUCACCCCUGCCUGCUAGCAGCCCCUCACCAGGGAGAGGAAGACUGCCUGAGAACCCCUGUGGAUCUAAAGACCAGCAGCAGACUGAGCAUAAUAAAGUGGAACAAGCCAAGGCUGACAUGAAAGACAACAUAUCCGAGGGUUCAGAAGGUAAAUCAGACUCCAAUGGCCAGUCGAGCAACGCUGGAGUGGACUCUGAUAAUGACUACACGAUCAUUGGUAGCAGCAGUCCAACACACACAGAAGACAGUAUACCUGCUGAUAGCCCUCCUCAAAGCCAAGAAACCUCCACACAACUGGAGCCCAACUCAAACGACAGCCAAUCUGUGUCGCCAUCACCAAGAGAAACGCAAAGCCAAAGUUCCAACAUAUCCAUAAGCUCCACACAAACAUCAAGUGAGCAAAGGUUUGGCCCUGAUGCUGUGCUAAGAGAAGCCAACAUCCAAGGAAGUUCAGGAGGAACCAAGCAAUUGCAGUCUUCAAGCUAUGCCACUGUUUUCAUCACCCCGGUCCAAGUGCAACUCAACGGCUCUAACCUUCCCACUGAUGCUCCAUCCGAUAGCAGCAGAGGUGUCGCCAUGAACCUUUCUGCCAACUCGAGCCCUUCCACCACCUGUCCAAAUUCUCCUAUUGCCUCCCCUGACCUCCAGUCGUCACCUCGGGGCUCCACAUCAGCUUCAGAGGCAGCAGGACAAAGACUGACUCCGGACAGAGAUGGCUUAUCAGACAACAAACCACCAUCACCCGUGCCUGAUGGAUAUAACACACCGACUUUCCCCUUAGCAUCCUAUUACUACCCAUUACUCAACGUCCCGCAUGUACCCUACACUGGGUACACCGCCAUCACCAUCCCCGCCAUGCAGCCCCCGCUCCCUGAGAAGAAACGGCUUUCAAACACAGCAGGAUCCCAGAAUGGACACAGCUCUUUACUCAGGGUCUCCUCUGCUCCUUCCCCUACACACCAUGUUAGUUUCUCCCCCGCAGUGGGGGAGCAGAGACGGGGGUCCGCACAAUACAGCUGUAGGGAUGACUCGGACAACAGGGUCAAUGCUAAGUUUGUCCAGGACAGCUCGAAGCACUGGUACAAGCCGGACAUUUCCAGAGACCAAGCAAUAGCUGUUUUGAAGGAUAAAGAACCAGGAACUUUUCUCAUCAGAGACAGCAACUCCUUCCAGGGGGCCUAUGGCCUUGCCCUCAAAGUAGCCACCCCACCUCCUAAUGCCAACAUCAUUGGCAUCAAAGGGGAUCCUCUUGAACAGCUGGUGAGACACUUCCUCAUCGAGACAGGGCAGCGGGGAGUGAAGAUCAAGGGCUGUCAGAACGAGUCCUACUUUGGAAGUUUAUCUGCCCUAGUGUACCAGCAUUCAAUUACUCCCAUCUCUCUGCCAUGUGCCCUUCGCAUCCCAGAAAAAGACCUAGUGGGCGAGCUUCAGGAGGUGCAGAGUGUGACAAACACCAGCACAGCAGCUGACCUCCUCAAACAAGGAGCAGCGUGCAACGUGCUGUACCUGAACUCUGUGGAGACCGAGUCACUGACGGGCCCUGAGGCCAUUUCUAAGGCAACCAAGUGUACUUUGUCUCUGAGUCCACGUCCAGUGCCGACAGUAGUCCACUUCAAGGUGUCGGCUCAGGGAAUCACUCUGACAGACAGCAAGAGAAGGGUAUUUUUCAGGAGACACUAUCCAAUCAGCAGUGUGACUUUCAGCAGCCUUGAUCCGCAAGACAAGAGGUGGACUAAUUCUGAUAGCACUUCAAGCAAGAUGUUUGGUUUUGUGGCAAGGCGGACAGGCAGUGCUACAGAGAACGUUUGCCACCUGUUUGCAGAGAUGGACCCCGAGCAGCCAGCUGUAGCCAUUGUCAACUUUAUCAACAAAGUCAUGCUGGGACCACAGCUACACAGAUGAGAGAGCACAAACUCUGUGUUAAAGGGGGAUCUGGGGGAGAUAUUAAUGUGAUUGUGACAUAUUUUUGAUGAAGUGUGUGUCUGUGUGUGUGUAUUUGUACAGGUGCACCAUUGUGCUUGGCUGUAUGACUGUUUGAUGACAGAUUCACUCUGAUGAGUAUACAGUUUACAGAGUGAACAGUUGAAGAGGAAGCGCUCAAUAAGCCAAAAAAAACUGACCUCAUUUUGGCUACUUUUUGUUCCAAAUGAGAUGGAAAUAACAUUUUGAGGGAGUUGGCUGUUUUGAUUUUUUUGUAUUGUUUUUCCUUUUUUAAACAUUUCAAAUAAUGUGCAACAGACUUCACAUGCUGCAAGAGUGACAAUCCAUUUAUAUUAAACUUAGAAAAUUCUACAUCAAAAUAUGAAGCAAACAGAAAGAGUUCAGAUGGUCAUCAACAAUGCAGAAUGUCAGAGUCAUACAUGAAGGUGUGUUUAGCUGAUUUUUUCUAAUGCAAUGUGCCAAAGGGUAAUGGAAGUUAUGCUACAUUAAAACUAGUAUUAUCAUGUUUUUGUAACAAUCAAUAUUUUCUUCACAAAUAAAUUAUCAAAACAAUAUUUUCUAUCUAUUAGAAACGACUACACCUACAUAUACAAUUUUGUAAAACAGGUAGGUAUUAUAUGGUUUCACAAAAUGUUGUGUAAUGUAGCUUAUAACUGCAUUUUAAUAUAUAAGAGGUACGCCUUAAUGCAGAACAAAUAAUCAAAUGUAAAUAUUGUGGAUAAAAAAGUAUUAUCUUAAAGUUUUCUAAAGCUAUAAAUCAUAAAACGCCUUACUUUGUGAAGUUAAAAAUGGCAUCAAAGAACAUUCUCAAAUGAAUAUCAGUGUUGGCAUCGCAACUAUAUAAAAAAGGUUUUGAAAAGUCUCCAUAUUCCAGAUAUAUAAAUAACAUGUUAGGGAUUUAUCUUUAAGAGGGAGUUUGCCUUCAAGCCAAAGACUUGAUAUUAUUUUUUUUUCUAUUACAUUUAGAUUUUUUUGGUAUAUGCGUGUUUUUCUAUAAAUUUAUACAGUAUUUAGAUGGUUUAAGCACAAUCAUUAUUUUUCAUAAUGAAUUUCUAUGUAAAUGAAGUAAUAUAUUUGAGUCCUGAGAUGGUGCAAAACAUGUCAAAUAAUGUGUUAUAUUUGACAGAAAAUUGAAGCAAUAAAAUCAAAAUGACUUACAA